AUGCCCUCUCUACGAACUAAUCUCCUGUUCUUGUGCAUGUGCUCUCUGGCGUCGGGGUAUCAUUGGCCAUCACCACACUAUGAUGUUCUCGAAGCGUUACUUUAUGAGGGAAGGAGAGUGGAUGGUUCCAACAUGGCGUCGCUUCAGCAUCCCUGCAAGCUUAGGGGAAGCACACAAGCAUCGAUUGGUGCUGAAUGGCUGCGUCUAGCAUAUCACGAUUCCGCAACUCAUGAUUCACUGGCAGGAACUGGCGGACUUGACGCAUCUAUCGCAUUUGAGCUAGAUCGAGAAGAGAAUAUCGGGGACGGGAUGCAUCAGACUUUAUCAGACUUUGAAACGUUCUCAAACAAAUACGUCUCUCGGGCGGAUGUAAUUGCGCUUGGAACGACUUUCGCAGUCGCAUCUUGUGGAGGUCCUAUAAUUCCCUUCCGUGGUGGUAGAAUCGACACGUACUCAGCAGGCCCACCUGGUGUCCCUGAGCCGCAUCAGGAUCUUCCAACACAUACCGCUCUUUUCAAGCGUCAAGGAUUCGAUGAGACAGAUAUGAUCACACUCGUUGCUUGUGGACACACUUUGGGAGGCGUUCGAAGUCAUGAUUUUCCAACGAUAGUGCCGCCAAACAGCGACCCCACAAUAUCCAACGUCAACCUCUUCGAUUCAACCCAUGCCUUCGAUAAUAAUGUGAUUACCCAAUACCUGGACGGCACGACUGAGAACCCGCUUGUGACAGUCGGAAAUACGACGUUGAGAUCAGAUCUAAGGAUCUUCUCAAGUGACGGCAAUGCCACCUUUUCAAGACUGACAUUGUCGGAGAUGUUCAUGCAGUCCUGUUCCAACGUCUUGGAAAGGAUGCUCAACACCGUUCCUUCUUACGUUACGCUUACGGAACCAAUUGAUCUACUGCAUGCAAAGGUUGCGAGUUCACAUUUGACGAUUGAAAAGGGUGAAUUUGUCUUCAAAGUCACAUUUCGUCUGACUCAACCCAUUGGCACCACCAUCAAGAGCACACGGACCGUGAAAAUCCUGUGGUGUGAUCGCUACGGCUCGAAUGGUGAUUGCCAGCAACAUGCCAAUUCAGCCCUUCCAGCGACCCUCUCCCAGGAUGAUCCCGAAAUAUCACCUGUGACCUAUCAUCUUGGCCUUUUCUUUGUGCGAUAUGACUUUGUCCUUCCAAUCGAACCAUUACUGUCCAUCUCUCUUUUUUGGUUCGAAGUCGAUGAGGGCGAUGGGACACCUCCACGAUAUUACGACAAUAAUUCAACUGGAUAUAUUGUGGCCCAGGAUCAACUCUUGUAUAUUCCUUCCCUUAGUUCUGUCAACCUUCAUGGGAGGAAUGACACAUUGAAGACCUAUGACAUAGUUGCCGCGGUUCGUUCCAAUGCGGAGCCUUCUCGUGUAUAUCUAGACGCAUUCGACAACGCCAUGGAAAACUAUCUUCCUCCCCUCAACAUCUCCAUUGACAUGAAACGUAAUCACUCUAUACCGGACGCUGGAGGAUUCCGAUUUUAUUCGGCUUCUCUUAACGACACAGGCACACAACUAACUGUGGACCUUCACACCGUCAUCAACGGACAUCUCUUCACUGAGGACUUUAUGCAAACUUUCUUUAUUGAUGAAAAUAUACCCUACACACCACCGACGGCAGUUCAAUCCACCAUUAUUCCCGCACCCUCUCCUUCCGCGACCUCAUCGUCAGGUACUGACUUAGGGGAGUACCGUGACAUACCAAUUCAUAGUUCGAUUCUACUGAGGCUACUUCCACUUUUGAUUGCAGCAUUAAUUAUUUACUGUUAA